AUGGACGCCUGGCUCCCGCAAGAAGUGAUCCGCCGCAAGCGCGACGGGCUGGCUCUCAGCAGCAGCGACAUCCAGCGGUUCGUGGCGGGCAUCACGUCCAAGACGCUGUCUGAGGGACAGAUCGCCGCGUUCGCCAUGGCCGUGUACAUGAAGGGCAUGACGCUGGAAGAGCGCAUCGCCUUCACGUCGGCGGUACGUGACUCGGGCCAGGUGCUAUCGUGGCCGCGCGAGCUGGUACCAGGACCCGUGGUGGACAAGCACAGCACGGGCGGCGUGGGCGACUUCAUCUCGCUGCCGCUGGCACCACUGCUCGCCGCCACGGGCUGCUUCGUGCCCAUGAUCAGCGGCCGCGGCCUGGGCCACACGGGCGGCACGCUGGACAAGCUGGAGAGCAUCCCGGGCUACGUCGCGACGCCGGCGCCCGACCUCUUCCGCAAGGUCACGGCCGAGGUCGGCUGCGCUAUCAUCGGGCAGACGGCGGACCUGGCGCCCGCCGACAAGACGCUGUACGCCAUCCGCGACGUGACGGCCACGGUCGAGAGCGUCGACCUCAUCACCGCCAGCAUCCUCGGCAAGAAGCUGGCGGCCGGCCUCGACGUGCUGAUCAUGGACGUCAAGACGGGCAACGGCGCCUUCAUGGCCCGCGUCGACCAGGCCCAGGAGCUGGCCGCCAGCAUCGUCGCCGUUGCGAACGGCGCGGGCACCCGCACCCGCGCCCUCAUCACCGACAUGGGCGCCCCGCUCGCCCGCAGCGCCGGCAACGCCGUCGAGGUCGAGGAGGCUGUGGCUCUCCUCAAGGGCGACGUCCGCAGCGAGCGCCUGUGGGAGAUCACCCUCGCCCUCGCCGAGGAGACGCUGGUCGAGGCCAAAAUCUCACCCUCGCGCGAAGACGCCCGCGAGAAGCUCCUGCAGGCCUGGAAGAGCGGCGAGGCCGCCAGCCGCUUCGGCCGCAUGGUCGAAGCGCUCGGCGGUCCCAAGGACUUCAUGGACAAGCCUGACGCCUACCUCCCCAAGGCCCCCGUCGUGACGCCCGUCUUCGCCGACACGGACGGCGUCGUCGAGGAGGUCGACACGCGCUCCGUCGGCCUCGCCGUCGUGGCCCUGGGCGGUGGCCGCCGCAGGCCCCAGGACGACGUCGAUCCGGCCGUCGGCUUUACGAAGUUGGCUUUCCCUGGCGAGACGGCGGAUAAGGAGCACCCUAUCGGUGUUGUUCAUGCGCAGACGGAGCAGCAGGCUGCUGACGCGGCGACGGCGCUUAAGGCUGCGUAUAGGAUUGGUGGUGCGCCGAGGGAGGUGAGGGAGGCGGUGUUGCAGAGGUUGUAG